AUGGUCUACUUGCGAAAGAAUGUUGAUAUGGUUAAGGGUGGGAAGUGCUUUAAAUUCGAACCUCUUUGGCUGUCUAAGGAAGAAUGUGGGGAGAUAGUAGAUAGAAGUUGGAAGGCUAGUUUGGAGUUUUGUAUUGAUAGGAAGAUUGCACGAUGUGGGGAGGACUUAAGUUCAUGGGCUAGGAUGUCGUUUGGCUCUAUUAAGAAGAAAAUCAAGGAGACCGAGGCCCGUCUACGUGAUUUAAAGGAAGGGGCGAUGGAUGGUGCAACACUCGAGCAAUGUAAAAAUCUGUCCGAACAGCUUGAUUCCCUAUACAUGCAAGAGGAUUCCUUCUGGUUUGCUAGGGCCAGAGCUAACAAGCUUAAGGAUGGAGAUAAAAAUACAAAAUAUUUCCACCACAAAGCUAGUCAACGGAGGGCUAAUAACCGUAUCAAUGGACUUCUUGACUCGAAUGGUGUUUGGAUGUCACAGCGUGUUGAUCUGGAACGGUUUAUUGAAGCAUAUUUUGGAGACCUAUUCGAGACAAGCUCCCCGACUGGAUUCCAGGGUGCGCUAGAGGGUAUUGAGGAGUUGGUAUCGUAA